AUGUUAUCCUCAGACGAUCCCUGCAAUGAUAUCCUCGAAGCCUACAUCCCGGAGACUGUAACUCGCCAGGAAGACAUAGUCGCAUAUGACUAUCCGCACAUCGCCAUUGCGCCAUGGCUGUCUGCAGAAUGUGCGAAGUCGUUCCUGACAGCUUCGAGUAAUGCCAAUGUGGAUGCCCUGAUCUUUUUCUUGAUAGAGAAUGAGUCCACCAUCCCGCCAGCUGCAGAGGAUGACACAUGGAACCUCAGUGACAGUAGUGAUUGGAAAGCAGAUAAUGAAUAUCCGGUCUACGCCAUUCCCGGCCUUGCCGCCGUGACCUUGAUGCAUGACCUGGCUUGGGUCUCCAACAUGGGGACUUAUCCAAUUCAUCCGGAUGGUGACGGAAAUCUUGGUGUUCAGGACAGCAGCCUUCGCCUGUUCGUUAUGAUCGCCAAUGGUGGGCAACCCUAG